ACGCUGCGGGGCGCUGUUUCACCCGUUUCUCACGCAGGCUGGCGUUUAACGGGAGCGACACCCAGGCCAGGCGGCUCGUAUAAUCACGGAGGAUACGUACCGGAACCCGGUGUUUAAAGAAAAAAAGGGAUACUUUAAGCAGAGACGGGAAUAAAAUCCUCCAAGCGGUCUGUCCCCACGGACUCCUAACUGUAUAAAACCGGCAUUCGUAGGUGAAGCAGAAAACAAAGGACAAAGAGAGAGGCGCGAAGACAAAUUCCCAUACUCAAUGACAUUACAUCGAAAUGUCCGAUCGUUUGGGGCAAAUAAUCAAGUCCAAGGAUGGGAAAAGCAAGUAUUCCUCUCUCAGCCUGUUUGACAAAUACAAGGGGAAGUCAAUAGAUACACAGAGAACUACAGUUGUUCCUCGACAUGGCUUGCAAAGUCUUGGUAAAGUGGCUGCUGCCCGGCGUAUGCCCCCCCCCACUCACCUGCCGAGCCUGAAGUCCGAAAAUAAAGGGAAGGACCCUGACGUGAUUAUUGUGCCCAAAGACGGAACGGGAUGGGCAAACAAGCAGGACCUACCAGACCAAAAGAGUUCUGCUGCAUCAGCAGCUCUCCUGCUGGAGUUGCAGCCUCAGCCGGCUUUGCAGAAAUCCGUCUCCAGUCCAGAGAAGCCCCCAGUGGCUGGCAGCCUGCAGAGCACAGUUACCAUUGGACCAAAGCAAUGGGCACAGCUGAAUGGAAAGGCAAUAAGAGGAGAUGGUUUAAGGGUCUCAAACAGAUUGCAGCCCUUCUGUCACGAGGAAUUUCCAGCGCUGAAGACAGCCAGCGAGCAGGACAAGGCCGGCAAGGAAAGAAACGCCUUCGAUCUGUCGUAUGGGCCCGGACCAAGCCUCCGCCCCCAGAACGUGACGAGCUGGCGGGAAGGUGGGGGGAAGAUCCUGCACCCGCUGCCCCCUCCAACUGCUCCCCCUGCUGAGCCCGAGGACAGAGGCAGCAGUGGGCCAGCUCACACCUCCGCAGCGGCCCCUCCUCCGUCCUCCGCUUCAGGAACCCCUGCCGCCUUGCACCCCCCUCCUCCAUCCAGCUUGGCCCCCGCAGCCCCGUUGGGAGGCAGGGAGCCCAGCCCACGCCGGUGCACGGCCUCUGUCCAGUCGCACCCGACCCAGCAGCACCGUUCCGCGACAGUCUACCCCGACAUGCUGCCUGCCUUUAUGUGCCUGAAGGAGUCGCGUGAUUCUCCACCAUCCUCGGAACGAGGCCCCGCCCCCAUGCGCUUUCCGGCUCGCCCUCUGCUCAGGCAGCAGCCUCCUGCCCCCAACUCCAUCAACGGCAAGACGGGGAGGGAGGGCAACUAUUUCCGCACUCCUGCUCGUCCCACUCCGCGCCCCCCCCGGCCACCUGCCAACAGAACACCCCGUCCCACCAUCAUUAACCCAGAGGAUCUGAAGGAGCUGGACGAUCUGGACAACAGCUGUGAAGAUGGCUGGGCAGGUAUCCAUGACGAAGUGGACUACAGUGAGAAGCUUAAGUUUAGUGACGAUGAAGAGGAUCACAAUGGCGGUGAUAAGCGUGAGCCGUGGGCCGAGGCGGAGCUCCGCAGUGAGCAACAGUCUUCCCUGAGCUCUGCAGAAGGACCAUAUGGCCAGGACUCUGCAGACGAGGAGGGUUACCCACCCUGCCAGGAGCCACGGCUUCCCAGAAAGGUCAAUGGCUGGAUGGCGCCUGCUGACAGCCAGCCACAGGUCAGCAGGCCUUGCUUCGGAGAGUGUCCAGAGGAUAAGGAGGACCCGCGCCAGGGCCCCCGGGGAAAAGUUGCUUCUGCGGGGGUGUCUGAGGCCAUCGAGCGUGCGCGGAGGCGCCGGGAGGAGGAGGAGAGACGCGUCCGGCAGGAGAGACUGGCCGCCUGCGCUGAGAAGCUCAAGAAGCUGGACGAGAAGUUUGGCAAGAGCGAGAAGACUGCUGGCUCCGAGGAGGCCCUGAGGGACUGGGAAGGCGGGGAGCUGGCGGCCUCCUCCAGAACGAGCCCAAAGCGCUCACAGGAGGCCCUGAGAGACCGGGAAGGCGGGGAGCUGGCGGCCUCCUCCAGACCGAGCCCAAAGCGCUCACAGGAGGCCCUGAGGGACUGGGAAGGCGGGGAGCUGGUGGCCUUCUCCAGAACGAGCCCAAAGCGGUCACAGGAGGCCCUGAGGGACUGGGAAGGCGGGGAGCUGGCGGCCUCCUCCAGACCGAGCCCAAAGCGCUCACAAAGCAGCAGGCAGGUUGAGUUUCCUGAGGUGCCCUCUGGUGGGCGUCAGAACGUGUGCUGCAGUGACACUGGCGCUCCGGGUCCCCGCUCUGGGGGUGAGGACUGCAAGCCACCGUCACCUCUUCAGGACUCCACAAGGCAUCAGAAAACUCUGCCUCCUCGCUUCCAGAUCCAGCGUCACCCCCAAGGGCCGCUGUACACGACGCAGGCCUGGCAGCGGCAGGGCCUUCCUGGCCAGACUCAGCGCUGUUACUGUUCCCCUCAGAUGCUGGGCUUUGAUCCCCGCUGGAUGAUGAUGCCUCCAUACGUGGACCCCCGAGCAGCCACAGGGCCCUCCCAUGUAGAUCGCUACCCCAGCAUCCCCUCCUCAGGGAUGUUAAAGCAGAUGAUGCCUAGUGACCUCCUAAAGAGUCCUGGCUCUGUGUCGGAUGAUGGCUGCCUUCCCAGCAUGCUCCAGGAGAGGACUCCCCCCUCUGUGGAGCCCCCCCCUGUUUGGGGUCAGGAAGGCUUCAGUCCACCGUAUCAGCAGCAGCCUGACAGCAGGGUUGUGAGCCAUGAUGAUGAACGGUGUGACCGACCAUCUCAGCCUGAUUUGGGUGAGGAGUUUUGUGAUGCCCCGGGUGAAGAGAUGCCUCAUCCUGUCUAUCGUCAGGAAAGAAUGCCAGAUUUGGCUGAAGGAUCUUCCCCAAGAAAGGAGUUUUACAAUGAAGUCUUGACUUCUUCAGCAGGACAAAUUCAGCCCCCGUAUGGAAAUUCCAAUCCUGAGAAAGAAUCAGAGGAGAUAAGUUACAGCAAAAACCACAAGGACAGUUUGGAUUCUCACAAAGAAGAGUCUGAUUGCUUAAGUAAAGACCAAAGCUGUGUUUCGGACUUCUGGAGAAGUGACUGUUCUCUGGAAAAGGAAGAUGGUUUCCUUCCUCAUUGGUCGGACCCAGACUCUACCCCCCGGACGACUGAAUCCAGCAGCAGAACCCAAGCCAGGCGAAUUGGCCCCAUUAAGAAACCAGUCCUGAAGGCCCUAAAUAUGGAGGAUAAGGAAAAUGAAAAGCCCAGAUAUGAGCUGCAGGAGAAACCAGUCCCCUACAAACUGAAGGAGAUGCCUGCUGAUGAGUAUGACCUGAAGAAUGAUCAAACCCUCCCUUUAGCUAGCAAGUCCUCUGCAGCAGCAGCUCAGGAGGAACCAACCCUAGUGAGAAGGGAGAAGCCUGAAAGCCUGGGGGAUGAGGGGCCCAAGGAGAGCAUCUGGGAGCGCAGUAAAGGCUCUUCUGUGGAGGUCCUGUCGAGCAGGAACCCCCUGGAACCCCGUCGCAACAACUGGAUCUUUAUUGAUGAGGAGCAGGCCUUUAGUGGCACCAGGGGAACUGGAAGAGGCCGGGCCAGGGGGUUCAGGGAGUUCAGCUCUCGAGGAGGCACCCGGGGCAGUCGAGGAGGAGGCUAUGGUGGCAGUCAGAGCGAGGGUCGUGUCUGCAGCCCGCAGGACCUCAACAAACUUGACAGAGCUCAGAGGGGGACGCAGCACCGACGCAACAUGAGCGAGACUCUCAGUGAAAGCUCCGAAUGUGAGGGGCUGCCCAAGGGCCACGGGCAGAGGGAGGAUGGAGACCGGAAGAGGGUGGACAGCCGAGACUCUUGGAGGUCCAACAAGGUGUAUAACCAUAACCAAGCCACCACUGCAGAGUUUCAGGACAAGGCCAGAGCCAACAGGGGUCCUGGUCGCUCUGUGCCUCCAAGGUUGACCCAUUCAGGGCAGAACCCGAGCUAUGGCACAUGGAGGGGACAUGGGGGCCAGUUCGAUAAUCAUCUCGUACGCAAGAAUAGCUGUGAUCCUGGGGCAGAGGCUUUCUCCAGAAAACCCUCCGAGUCUGUAAGGUAUCAAUCUCCAGGUUCCUUCAUUGAGAAUGGAGGUGGUGGAGCAGAGGAUCACCUGGACAGUGACGGCCCUGAUAACCGCCCAGCAAGAAGGCGCCGCCCCCCCCGCCAGGACAAGCCACCUCGAUUCCGCCGGCAGCAGCUGGAUAGGGACUCUGUCAGCCAGAGAGACAGUGUGGAGAACCUCAGCCAGGACUGGCCCCGGCGCUCCAGGGGUGGGGAAGGGUUUGUUUCCGCUCACCAUUCUGGUGGGAGGAGCCAGCGGGUCCAAUGGGAGGACUGGGAAACUGUCUCUGAUGGCAGUGACUUCAGUGAAAGACGUGGGAAGCAUGGAGGUCUUUCCCAGCGGGACGUGCCUUCAGACCCAGGACAUGGUGAGCCACGCUACAGGCAGAGGAGGGAGCUUUCCAGAAGGAGCUUCUCUAGCCAGCGCCAUCUGUUGGACAGGCAGAACCGUAAAGGAGAUUCUGUUCUGGAGGGAAUCAAGAUGUCCCGGUCUCCUGACAUCCCAGGGACGGCAGCAAAAUCUGGCAGAAGCGACAGGUGGCAGAACGGGACGUCUCUGAGCUGCAGGAGGUCUCCUGAGAAAAGAGCCUUAGGUUUGAGCUUGGGCUCAGUGUACAGCGGCCCACGCUCCGACGUUGCUUCUCGGAGCGUUCCCAGCGAGUCUGCGUGCAAGAAGACGGAGAGGGACGUGAAGGCCGGGGCCGUCACGCGUGAGGAGAUCAACACGCCGGUGCUUCAAUAUGACCACAACGUGUGCUCGUUGGAGGGCAGGGCAGUGCCAGUGCCAGUGCCAGUGCCAGUGCCAGUGGCAGUGCCAGAGGGCCUCUCGGACGGCGCGUCUACGAAGCAGCGGCGCCAGCCGGAGGAGGAGCGCCGAAAGAAGGAUCCGGAUGCUCUGGUACCCAAUAAGGUGAGGAUGACCUCGUCCAAGAUGCCCCCUCGCUUUACCAGGAAACAGGGCGCCACGUCUGUGGGGCAGCAUGCAGAUUCACGAGCCAGCAGCAGCCUGGGCACCGAGAUCUGGAAGGCCAGCAGCACGGCUGUGUCUGUCCAGUCAUCGAGUGGAGACACGUGGACAAAGCAGGUGUCAUAUAGCGGGCUUGAGCCAAACUCAAAUGAGGUGUAUAAGGGCAGUCAGACGGACAGCGGCAUUGACCUGAGUGCUGAGUCUCAGGGCUCCUCCGCCAGCUCCUCCCAGAGAAGCUCCCCUUACGGCUCCCUCAAGCCGGAGGAGGUGCCCGGCCCUGCAGGGCACAGUCACCUAAAGAAGGUGGAGAAGCAGGACGUAGAUCCUGCAGCGGAACAGAGCAAAGAGCACAAGCCGGGUCCCAUUGGGAACGAGCGCUCCCUGAGGCACCGCAAGGGACCAGAGUGCGUCGAACAUCCGGAGAACCCGGUUGCCCCCGUCAACGGGGUGGAUAUCCAUGUGGAGAGCGGUCUCCCUGUGCCGCCCAUCGACUUCGGUGUUGCGCCCAAAGACUCGGACUUCAGCGUGCCUCCGGGCCCGGGGGCGGUGCCGGGGUCCGGCCCAGGUGCUAAGCUGCAGGAUGUUCUAGCCAGAAACAUGGCCCUCACCCAGGCGAUCCCCACACUGCACAGAGAUCACCUGCAGCAACCCAUGGGGCUCAAUCCCAUUUCCUUCACGAGUGUGGAACUCACUCUCAAGAUGGAGUCUGCUCGGAAGGCCUGGGAGAACUCGCAGUCACUGCCCGACCAGGGCUCGCCGGGGGCCGCGGGCUCUGCGCUUCAGCCACCCUGCAGCAUGGCCUCCGCCAGCGGGGUCAGCCUCAGCUCUUUCGGCGGAGUCUCCAUGCCCCCAAUGCCCGUGGCAUCAGUUGCUCCUUCCAUGCAAGGUAACCAUUUCUCUCCACUGUACCUGGACGGGCACGUGUUCCCCAGCCAGCCGCGCUUGGUGGGCCCCAGCCUGACGCAGCAGCACGGCUAUCAGCAGGCAGCAGCUGCACAGCAGAUCCCGAUCUCCCUGCACACCUCCCUACAGGCCCAGCUGGGUCUCCGCGGCGGCCUGCCCGUCUCCCAGUCCCAGGAGAUAUUUGGCUCCAUCCCUCCAUUCCGGUCCCCAGUCUACAUGCACCCCAGCCUGUCCCAGCCCAGCGCCAUGGUGCUGUCCGGGGGCGCCCCCCUGAAGGGGCCCUACUCUGCUUUCCCCGGCCUGCAGCAUUCGGACAUGGUCAAGCCGCAGUCAGGCCCUCCUUACCAGCCAAUGAGUGGGAGUCAGGCCUUGGUCUAUGAGGGACAGAUGAGGCAGGCCCCCGGAAUGGGCGCGUCCCAGCUGAUGGACUCCCAGCUCAUCCAGGUGACCAUGCCCAUGCCGGGCUCCCAGCUGCAGUUCGGUUCUGCUCAGCAGCACCUCAUCCUUCCUCCAUCCAUUCAGCUCCAGCAGGGCCAGAGCCUGCCAGUAGGGGGCCCCCGCCGCAUCCUCCCCCCUGGCUCCCAACCCCCUGUGAUGGCCCCAAACAGGGAGCUUGAAAUGAAAGGGUUUCAGUUUGCAGACACACCCAGUCACUCCCAGGGCAUGCCUGGCUGCCCCGCCCCCAACGCCAGCUUUUACCGGCCUGGGCCUGCUAGCCCAAGUGGGAAUCCACCUGGGCCCAGACACCACGCUCAGCAGGCCCCCCAGCCUCAGGGCAGCAUCAUGAUGCACAUGUGGCCCCCCACCUCAAGCCCCUUCCCCAGCCCCAUCCAGCGACCGGUCAUGCAGAUAAAAGCCCAGCAAGACCUCACGACCUGUGAGGGGAAGGGACAGUCCGACGUUCGCUCAGAGCCGCCACCUGCUGGCCCGAUGAAGCCGGGCCGCUCCAGGGCCAUGAAGCCGCAGACUGUGAAGAUGGAGGGCACGGCCUAGCUGCAGGAGCAUCUUCCGCUCCACGGCGUUCAGCACAAGACACAGACGGCUCAGGCUAGCUUCUGGCUGCUCUGCACCGGACAGAUCGGGGCGUUUUUUUCGACAACCGAAAGUCAGACGCUGUAGUGUUAGCAGAAAAAGGCAUUUAUGGGAAAAUAAAAAAAUAAGUAUAUUUCACAAAAUAGUCCCUCCCAGAAGAUAGUUGUUUCUCAGUUAACAUUUGUCAAUGUAAAAGAAAGUAUAAUAGUAAAUAUACGCAUUUUUAUGAGUUUACUUGAAGACAAAACUAUCAAAGUUGAGGAGUUCUUGUAGACUCUCGGUUCCAGCAAGUGCACAAAGCUGAUGCAAAGAGGAGGAACUGUCACAAUGAUUAUAUGUAUCCCUCCAGCAAAAUGUUACCCUUGUUUUGCCAAUUUUACUUGUAUUCAGUGUGUGGUGUUGGCAUUCCUUUUAAGUGAACCAAACGUUGAUUGCCGAUUUGGGAGGUGAUGUGCAGCCAGCUUUGUGCUUAGCUACGUUGUGUUUCUCCUGAAAACGCACUCCGAUACGUUUCUUAGAGAAGUGGGAUGCCAUCUUGAGUCGGUGAUGUUUGCAUAUGGGAGGCAGACAAGGUUACACAGAAUUCCUGAUGAUGUCGAGUUAACUAGAAGUCCCCAACCCCCCCCCCCCCCUUCAAUAUUCACAGUUAGUAGCUUGAGUCUAAAAUAUCAAUAUAUGUACAAAAAUAUGCAACAUUUAUUUCCUCCAUAUUAUUUUUGCUUUGCCUUUGAUAUAGUUUGAAGGCUCUGAUUGGCAUAUUUUCUGAUUGGCCUUCGCUCUGUAUUGCUGUUUUAGUAUAGCUUGGGUGGGUGGGGGGGCGGCAUUGGGGGGGGGUUAUGGUGGUGGCGUCAAACUGAGCUGCAGCUCAGCUGAUUAAGGCAGUCAGUCACCUAAAACUGUAACUUAGUACAUUUACAAACUUAGUUAUAACCUGCAUUCCCUUCUGCUGAAGAGGGGAUUCUACACAGCAGUGACUGAUCAGGGUCCAAAUGGGUUUAAGACAUGGGCCGGCUUUAAGAGCAUCAUGUGGUAACUGAGGUUAUAAGGUGCAGGAGGAUUCUGGGCCACAACAGCACAGGCUCCAUCUCUUGAUUAAAUGUUACCGUGGGUUUCAAUGACUGAUUUCAUGUCACUACAUCGUGUCAAUGUUCUGAAGCCUUGAAAAUGCUUUUGCCGUUUCUGUUUCCAGUUUUAAAAUAGAUUAAAAUCACAGAACACUAUUUGUGUAUGUUCAGGCAUCACUGUCAGCAUUAAAUAGAUUUCUACAUGUAUACAUGUACAGUUCUGUGCUGCGGGGAGGCCAACAUCCUAUACUGGAUUUGUUGCAGUAUUUAUGCAUCACUUGAUACAUAAAGGGGAAAAUAAAAGGUCAAACAUCCUUGUAGAAUAA